GAGAACUUUUUUAGCACAACCAGAAUUUAUUAACACAGUAUAUUGUUCAGACCAUUGCUUUCAAUGCCAGUUUAAAUAUAAAUAGUCUGUUACACAUGGACCUUAUGACCCAUAUUGUCAAGUGGAUGUUUUCGUUAAAAUAUAUGGCCUCUUUCCAUGUUUAGUAUUCUCUUUGUUUCUUUGUAAUUGUAUUUGUUCUCCGGCCCCCACAAAAUGGAAAAGAAAACAGAAUAAACCAGGAAGAGCUAAAUGAGAAAGACCAAAAGUAGUUGUUGUUCAAGCAUUAUGAUUAAUAUGUGACAUUUUUUUUCACUGCCAGAUCUUCUUGUUCAGCAGCUGAGGAAUUGACAUCAGAACAGCUUGAAGAUUUGCUACCACACAGUAGUUCAGGUAUAAGUUGCUUGGAAAAAACAUAGAAUAUCAUUUUGUUUGAAUGAUUGGAAGCAAAUAUGCAGAUUACAGAUUAUGAAUAAGUCUAAUGCUCUAGGGAUGGUAUCAUUUGUGUAAUUGGUAAUUCUUGAAAUGAUUUCCAAAUGUGAAAUUAGGAAUUGUUUUGACCAUGCAGCUGCUUCCAAGAAAAUGAAGGCUGCUAAACAGGAACCAGAAAGUGUUGAUGCUUUGGAGGGGCUGGAUACUCUUGCCAACCUAGCUAUCUUGGAAGAGGGGGAGGCUCUUCCAGCAUCAUCACAGGCCACCACAAAGCACCCUCGACAUAGACCUGGCUGCUCAUGCAUUGUGUGCAUUCAGCCCCCAAGUGGGAAGGGCCCCAAACACAAGCCAACAUGUACUUGCAAUGUCUGCCAGACAGUGAAGCGCCGUUUUAGAACCCUGAUGCUGAGGCGUGAGAAGAAACAAUCACAGAAAGAAUCAGAAACUGAACACAAGAAGCAGCAACCACCAUUGCCUGAGAAAUUAUUAGAUGAUGAUUCCCUCACUUCUAGUAAUGCAGGAAGUAGCAGUCCAAAACCAAAGAAGGUAGUCAGUGAAGGUUCUGAUGAUGAUCCUAGCAAGAAAAAAUCCUCAUCCUCACCUUUUAAGGGUCAAAUCGACCUCAAUAUCCAGCCGGAGAGGGAAGAAGAGCCAUCUCCUGGUUCAGACUCUAGCAGCAUGAUGAGGUUGCUUCAAGAUGCCACUGAGAGGUACCUCAGGCAGCAAAAGUUAUUGAGCUCUGGUGGUAAUGGUAGUUUGACAGUUACUCAGACCCAGCCAAGUGGAGGAGGAACAGAAGGAGAGAAACUCAGCAGCAGCAUUGCACUUGGAGGCAGUCAGCCAUCAAGAUAAUGACAGCAACCAUCCUGCAGCCUUUUCUAUGCAGAUGUCUGGGUCUACGUCAGCCAUUGGAUAGAUCAGUGUACUUCUAUGCUAUGCAAUAUUUUGAAUUAACAUUGAGGGAACUAAAUUGUGGUGAGGGUGGAAACAGUUUUGGUUUAGGUUCACCAAUAUCGGCAGUGCUUCUUGGCUGCUGUACAUACACAAGAGAGGUAGGAGGUCAGCAACAUGGUAAAAAAACUCUGAAUUUUGCUGUUAAACAUUCCAUCAUUCAUCCUCUCUGAAGUAAUAUAUAUGGAUGUAGGCUUGGGUAGAACAACUGGGUAGAAGGUCGAAGCUAUGUAGUUUUUACUUCCCAGAGCUCACCUGCUAUCCUUUGAUAUAACAUUUGUUGAGGAUGUAAAUUAAGUGCAUGUUUUUUACUGUCAAAAAGGGGAGAUAUUGCUCUUCAGUAGUUUCCUUUUCAUUUCUCAUGGCUUAUUUAAUGAUUUCUUGUAAAAUAUCUUUGGUGUAUUAGGUUAUAGGUUAUAUAAAAAAAAAAGUUUUUU